UUGGGAAUUUUCCCAAUUUUUUUUUGGUAAAGAUACUCUUUGGGUUUUCUCGUGGAUAGAGAUGCCCUUAGCACACAAUACUCAACGAUAUAAUUUUACCAAAUGAAAUCACUAUGGUAAGUUGUAACAGCUUUUGUGUGAAAAUGUUCUAAUUAUGGAUUAUGUAAGAGAAUAAUUUUUUUGUCAGCUAUAACUUGACCAUUAAUUGUAGGUGUUGUUUUGCUUAAUAAAUGAGAAUUAAAUUUUGUGUCGACAUAGUUUAUUUUGUAAGUCACUCUUUUGAAUAUAAUUAUUGUAGGCUUAUGCGUAGUCAAAUAUUUAUGAUUCUCUCAUUGUAUUUUAGUGUAAAACUGAGCUUUCUAAAUUUUGCCCAUGGGAGCAAUUUGUUUACCUAAUAUUAGGACGUUCUACUUUUUCUCUUACUUUAUAGAAUUUUGAAAGAUCUUCUACGUUCUAUUGUUUUUUUAGGUGUGCAACACGUUCUAUUGUUUAAUGUGAAUAAUCUACACUAGUUUUUUUUUUUCUUGGAUCAGAUCUCUCUUUGAUUUUCUUGUUCCAUUUAUGAAAGGAAAAAAGAUUAAAAAAAGAGACCCAUUUUCUAAGAAAACUUUUUUUCUAAUUACGUGUAUACAAUCUCUAUUUAUAACUGAGCUUCAUUUUGAUUAUUUCAAAAACCCCACAAAACAGAUCCUCGAAUCUCCAAAUUUCCUCUUCAGUCUUAUCAUAUAGACAAAACCCUUUUCUUUGUAAAACUUGUCACAAACUAUGGAAGGGCUUAGUGAAACCACGAAUCUAGCCGAUCUCCGGCGACCAUUGGUGGUUCCAGUUGUCUCGGAGCAAAAACCUCCGGCGGACGUCGGACUAGAGAGUGUUUUAACGGAGCGUAACCUUCCGUACCGGAGGCGCGUAUACUUAGGGGCGUGCAUAGAGAUGAAACUACUUUUCCGGUUGGCACUUCCGGCGAUACUUGUCUAUUUAGUCAACAGCGGAAUGGGUAUUUCCGCUCGUAUCUUCGCCGGGCAUCUCGGUAAAAAUGAGCUCGCCGCCGCGUCCAUCGCAAACAGCUGCUUCAGUCUCGUCUAUGGCCUCAUGUUAGGUAUGGGCAGUGCAGUCGAAACACUAUGUGGGCAAGCCUAUGGAGCCCAUCGUUACGAGAUGCUUGGGAUCUAUCUCCAAAGAGCAACUAUAGUCCUCGCUCUUGUUGGCUUGCCCAUGACAUUACUAUACACCUUCUCGUACCCGAUUCUAAUCCUACUAGGGGAGCCCAAAACGGUGUCGUACAUGGGAUCCAAGUACAUCGCCGGACUCAUUCCUCAAAUCUUCGCUUACGCCGUCAACUUCACAGCCCAAAAAUUCCUCCAGGCCCAAAGCGUGGUGGCCCCUAGCGCGUUCAUCUCAGCCGCCGCCCUCAUCCUUCAGAUCUUGCUGACGUGGACCACCGUUUAUGUAAUGGACAUGGGCCUUAUGGGCAUAGCUUAUGUUCUUACUAUUACUUGGUGGGUCAUUGUUGGAUCCCAAUGUUUUUACAUUGCAGUUAGUCCCAAGUUCAGACACACGUGGACUGGUCUUAGCUGGAGAUCGUUCCAAGGUCUUUGGAGCUUCUUUAAACUCUCUGCUGGCUCCGCCGUUAUGAUUUGUCUGGAAAUGUGGUAUUCGCAGAUUCUUGUUCUUCUUGCUGGUUUGCUCAAAGAUCCUGCUCGCUCUUUAGAUUCUCUCUCCAUCUGUAUGUCGAUUUCAGCAUUAUCAUUCAUGGUCUCCGUCGGCUUUAAUGCAGCUGUAAGUGUACGAACAAGUAAUGAGCUUGGAGCAGGAAAUCCGAAAUCAGCAUUGUUCUCUACAUGGACGGCAACUUUUGUUUCCUUUGUGAUUUCCGUGACGGAGGCCCUCGCCGUGAUUUGGUUUCGUGAUUACGUUAGCUACAUUUUCACGGAGGAUGCUGACGUGGCUAAAGCCGUCUCUGACCUCUGUCCUUUUCUAGCCAUCACCAUCAUUCUCAACGGAAUCCAACCUGUCUUGUCCGGAGUGGCAGUGGGAUGUGGAUGGCAGACAUACGUGGCUUAUGUGAACGUUGGUUGUUACUAUGUUGUUGGUAUUCCUGUUGGGUGUAUCCUCGGCUUCGCUUUCGAUUUUCAAGCCAAGGGAAUAUGGACCGGUAUGAUUGGAGGUACCUUCAUGCAAACACUCAUUUUACUUUACGUCACGUACCGAACAGAUUGGGAUAAAGAGGUGGAAACGGCGAGAAAACGUUUGGAUAUGUGGGACGACAAGAAGGAGCCUCUCCACAGCUAGUUAUAACAAGUGUGGGGGAGUGAAAGAGACUGAAAGACAAUAAAGAAAUAAAAGGUGUUGGCAAAAAAAAAAGGAAGAAGAAGAAAGACAAUAAUGAAAAGGAAAUAAGUGUGGUGUGUGCAGGUGGUUUCAAUGUACGUAGGUUUUCAUGGUUGUGCAGCUUGUUCUAUGGAAAUAGAACAAAUUCACCAGAUUUUCUUUUUCUCAUAUUAUAGGGAAAAAUUAAAAAAUUAUCUGAUGGAUAAUUCUUUAUUUACUUAAAAGUUGUUCUUACAUUUGAUUUUUUGUUUCCUUUCUCAACUUGAACUAUAUAUUAUGUCUUGUUUUUAGUAGACAGUAGUAAUUAACUUCAUGGAAUUUUGAUGUAAUUGGUAAUGGUGUAGUAAGUAAAGAAGCACAUCAA